AUGCUGUAUUCUAUAGACGAAAUUAAGACAAAGGAGAGUUUAUCAAUGGAGGACUACGAGGUUCUUGAGCAAAUUGGGAAAGGGUCUUUUGGGUCAGCUCUUCUUGUGAGACAUAAGCAUGAGAAGAAACUGUAUGUUCUGAAGAAAAUCCGGCUUGCUCGGCAGACUGGUAGGACAAGAAGAUCUGCUCAUCAAGAGAUGGAGUUGAUUUCAAAGAUAAAUAAUCCAUUCAUUGUGGAAUAUAAAGAUUCUUGGGUCGAAAAGGCUAUUGCAAAGGAGGAGACAUGUAAGCUUAUUCCAUCUCAGCAGCUUUCCCCUGUUCUUGACUCGCGACGAGGCUCUUUGAAAGAGUUACUGACUUUUCUGCUUCUUCUGCUUUACAGGGCGGAAGCGAUAAAGAAAACAAAUGGUGUGCACUUCUCUGAAGAGAAACUCUGCAAAUGGCUUGUUCAGCUCUUGAUGGCUCUUGAAUACUUGCAUGCCAAUCACAUUCUCCAUCGCGAUGUCAAGGUUGGUUAUGAUGUUACUUCUCAGGACCAACACAGCGAUUUCGGACUUGCCAAGGUCUUAACAUCAGAUGACCUCGCAUCUUCAGUGGUUGGAACGCCAAGCUACAUGUGCCCCGAGCUACUAGCGGAUAUACCUUAUGGGUCCAAGUCUGAUAUUUGGUCGCUUGGCAAGAUGUUGUAUGACAUGCAAGGACUAAUAAACAGGAUUAACAGAUCAAUCGUUCCUCCACUUCCGGCGCAAUAUUCUGCUGCCUUCCGGGGUCUUGUUAAGAGCAUGCUCAGAAAAAAUCCAGAACUCAGACCAAGCGCUGCUGAGCUUCUCAGUCAACCGCUGCUACAGCCGUAUAUCCAGAAGAUUAAUCUGAAGGUGAAUGAUCCAGGGAAAAACGUGUUGCCUGCGCAAUGGCCAGAAUCUGAAUCCGCCAGGAGAAACAGCUUUCCUGAGCAGAGAAGGCGUCCUCCAGGCAAAAGCCAUAGCUUCGGUCCAAGCAGGUUUAGGGGCAACCAGGAAGAUUCUGUUUCUUCUAUAAAGAAACCUGUGCCCGCGUAUCUGACCCGUGAAAGGCAAGUGGAUUUGUCUACAGAUGAUAGCGGUGAUGGAACGGUUGUUCGUAGAAGAACCUCAGAGGCUUCUAAGAGUUCUAGGUAUGUUCCAGUGAGAGCUUCGGCUUCACCUGUGAGAUCAAGACAGCCUAGGAGUGACCGUGGUCAACUUCCUGUUUCAUCACAGCAUACGAACCGAAAAUCAGCGGCUUUGAUUCGUAGAGCCUCCAUGCCUAGCUCAAGAAAACCUGCUAGAGAAGUCAAAGACUGUCUGUACAACUCGAAAACCAGUAUUCUCCACCAGCUUAAAUCUCCUGAUGUGUCAAUGAACGCGCCAAGAAUUGACAAGAUUGAGUUUCCGCUAGCUUCAUAUGAGGAAGAGCCAUUUGUUCCGGUUGUGCGUGGGAAGAAGAAGAAAGCAUCGUCUAGAGGCUCCUACAGCCCACCUCCAGAGCCACCACUGGACUGCUCAAUCACAAAAGACAAAUUUACCCUUGAACCAGGCCAAAACGUGGAAGGGGCGAUUAUGAAGGCGGUGUAUCAGUACGAAGAUGCAUACCCAGAAAACAGGAGCGAAUCAUCUGAUCAGAAUGCAACUGCUGGAGCAUCAAGCAGGGCUUCGUCGGGUAUAAGGAGACAAAGAUUUGAUCCUAGUUCUUAUCAGCAACGUGCGGAGGCAUUGGAGGGAUUGCUUGAAUUUAGUGCAAGAUUGCUUCAAGAUGAGAGGUACGAUGAGCUGAAUGUCUUGCUGAGACCCUUUGGUCCAGGCAAAGUCUCGCCGAGAGAGACAGCGAUUUGGUUGUCCAAGAGCUUCAAGGAAACUACUAAGCUGGAAGAUUGA